AUGUCGGAAGCAACCUUUGCCAAGACGUUUCUCACCACGCUCGACGCGCGCCCGGCCAAGAUCUCAGCGGACCACGUCGAAGAUGCGCGCAACUUUCCCGCCCGUCCUCCCUACAUCCUCCCCCGCAUGCCCACCGAGAUGAGCAAGCCCCAAUCCAGCAGCGACACCGCCACCGGCGGCGGCGGCGGCGCCGUCCCGGGCCAGGAGCGCAGCGUGACGGUGACGCUGCGCUCGCUGCGCAACCCGCCCCUCGACAUCAAGCUCGCCGCGCAGCCGCUCGGCACCUCGCUCCUCGACGUCAAGCAGGCCGUCGCCUCGCGCGCCCGCAUCCCCGUCGACAAGCUCAAGAUCCUCUACAACAAGCGGCCGCUCCCCGACAGCAAGAUCCUCGGCGAGGUGCUCGGGGACGACUUCGCCAAGGCGGCCGUCGAGUUCAGCGUCAUGGUGGUGGGCGGCGCGGCGGCGGUGCUGCAGCAGCAGCAGCCGAUGGACGUGGACGACGAGGGGCGGAGGAGCGACAGGGUGCGGACGGCGAAGAAGGGCGAGGCGGCAGUGGAGCAGGACCAGUUCUGGGAGGACCUGAACGGGUUCCUGAUGCAGAGGGUCAAGGACGAGGACACGGCGGCGGAGCUGACGACGGUGUUUAAGAAUGCGUGGGAGUCGCACAAGGCGGCGCCGUAA